UACUUCAUGGUUCGCACAUCAACGAUAUAAAUUCAGUUCGAACUGAAGCUUGAAGGCAACAAGUUAAAAAUUAUUCACGAAUUAAAAUAAAUUGGCUCAGACAUCACUUACAAUCUUACUAAAUCGAUAUGAAAUUCUUCGCUGCAAUUUUCGCCAUUUUCGCCGUAAUCGGUUGCGCUCUGGCGCUUAAGGAUCCCAUCUGUGGCCAGGAGCACUCGGCCGAUGGCACUGGCCUAAUCAAGUGUGCGGCCUAUGUACCCUCUUGGACCUUCGAUGCCAGCAGUAACAACUGCUUGAGCUUCAUUUAUGGCGGCUGCGGCGGUAAUAACAAUCGUUUCCCCUCACAGGAAGCUUGCGAACAGCUAUGCAAGGAAUAAAGGGGCGAAGAAAAACCUUUGGAAGAAUAUCUUGCGGUCUGCUAGUGUUGUGAUAUAAUUAAAAUUGGAAACUUAAAAAUCUUACUUUAAUAAAAAUAUGUGAUUGGUAAUGAAA